AUGCGUUCUUCUCGCCCACGCUUCAACAACCACAACAACGCUUCAACAACUCCAAGCAAGUCCAAACCCAAGCCCAGCAGCCCAGUCUCACAACCCAUCAACAAUACACCUGACCAAAAAGUGAAGGAAGACCCUUUCAAGCAAGUGCAAGGGGACGAGCUGGAGGACGGUGACGACGACGAUGACGAUGAAGAUGUUGUUAAGCGACCGGUGAAUGCCAAGCGUGCAGGCCGACGCAAAAUCAAAAUCGAGUACAUCCAAGAGAAGAGCCGACGCCACAUCACCUUCUCAAAGCGCAAGUCCGGCAUCAUGAAAAAGGCAUUUGAGCUAAGCACAUUAACGGGAACACAGGUGCUGCUCCUGGUCGUCUCGGAGACAGGACUGGUGUACACGUUUACCACCCCGAAAUUGCAGCCCAUUGUCACCAAGGAUACGGGACGGAAUCUUAUCCAGGCCUGUUUACAUUCUGCGGACCCUGCGACUGCAGAGGCUGGAGCAUCAGGAGCAGGAGCGGAGAGCGACGACGGGGAUGACAAUGACGAGGUAGAAUAA